AGCGUGAGAAUAUGAUAAGUUAAAAUUUUUUUCACGGAGUUGUUGAUCUGUGAAUCGCCAUUAGUGUUCUUUGGCGCAUGCGUAUGGUAGAUAUUAUAUGUGAAAUGAGAAUUUACGCAAUUGUUUGCUGAGACUAUCUACGUUUUUUUCUUUUUUUCGUUCGUCAGUUACUAUUAUAAAAGUUUUCAGUUGGAGGUUUAAUAAUUUCCUGUUAGCCUAGAGGAAUGUCAUCUGGUAGAACAUCUGGUGCAAAUACUACUCCGCUAGGACGCCCGAAUCCAGCAAUGCUUGGAUCGAAAUCUACAAGUAUGUUAAAACCCAGUUAUAUGUCGCCUUCCGGCGGGAAAAGAGAUCGUGAAGAUGAUUAUGAUUACCAAUCUUCAAAAUGGCCACCAGAAGAAUCUUGGUCCUCAGAGCAGGCAGAAAAGGAGAGGGAGCGGAAAAGGAAAAGGAGAUCUCGUUGGGGUGGAGAUGAGAAAGAAAAGGUGUUCAUUCCUGGUUUGCCGACAGUAUUACCAAACAACCUGAAUCCCCAACAAGAGAGAGCAUAUUUAUUGCAACUGCAGAUUGAGGAAAUAAGUAGACGUCUUCGUACCGGUGAUCUUGGCAUCCCUCCUAAUCCUGAAGAAAGGUCUCCUUCUCCUGAACCAAUAUAUAACAGUGAAGGAAAGCGUCUGAACACAAGAGAGUAUCGUACACGCAAGAAAUUGGAAGAUGACCGUCACAGUUUAAUACAAGAAAUGUAUAGUUGUAAUCCUGAAUAUAAACCUCCUCCUGAUUAUAAGCCUCCUCUUGUAAAAGUGUGUGAAAAGGUUAUGAUUCCUCAAGAAGAACAUCCUGAUAUCAACUUUGUCGGUCUACUUAUAGGUCCACGUGGAAAUACUCUAAAAUCAAUGGAGAAAGAAACAGGAGCAAAAAUUAUCAUUCGGGGGAAAGGUUCAGUGAAAGAAGGUAAAGUAGGACGUAAAGAUGGACAACCUCUUCCUGGGGAAGAUGAACCUUUGCAUGCUUUUGUCACGGGUAAUAGCAAUGAAAGUGUGAAGAAGGCUGUAAAUAAGAUAAAGGAAAUCAUUCGACAAGGUGUAGAAGUUCCAGAAGGGCAGAAUGAUUUAAGAAGAAUGCAACUGCGAGAGUUAGCUCUGCUGAAUGGGACUUUGCGAGAAAAUGAUGGACCUCGUUGCACAAAUUGUGGAGCUACUACUCACAGAAGUUGGCAGUGCCCUGACAAACCAAAUGUUACAAAUAAUGUUAUUUGUACAAAUUGUGGUUCUGCCGGUCAUAUUGCUAAAGAUUGUCGUGAACAAAAAAAUCCAACUGGAGUGAUGGGAGCUCCAGAUAAAGCAAAAAUUGAUGAAGAGUAUAUGUCAUUAAUGGCAGAACUUGGGGAAGGCCCGCCUGUUCCUAACAAGAUGGGCUCUGUGGGAUCAAGCACUCCAUCUUCAGUAACACCACUGCAAGCACCACCAGGGCCACCUCGUGCAAUUAUGGCUCCACCACCAUCAAUAUCAACAACACAAUUCCAAGCCACAAGUACUCAAUCAUUGUUUAACAAUGCACAAAAUAAAACAACAUUUGUGCGAGCUACUGCACCCUCUACUACGGUGAUGCAGACUUCUAUGUUUGUUCCACCACCUGUUAUGUCUCAAAUGCCUCCGCCGCCCCCACCUGUAUCUUCAACUAUAACUCAGCUGAUGCCACCAUGGACGCAGCCACCCUUUCAAGCUCCUACAUCUAUCCAGCAAAGUGUUUUAACUACACAGCAGCCUGUCUUCUCACAGGGAACUACUCCAGUUGUGGGAAUGCUUGCUCCUCCCCCUCCACCACCCAGUCUGCCAUCAGUAUCACAGCCAGCUUCAAUCUCUACAACUAAUUGGAUUACUCCACCAACUAUUACGCAAGCUGCUCCAUGGCCAAUGCCUCCACAGGUUCUUGCUACUGGGCCAAUGCCUGUGCCCCCUCCUCCAGGAAUUGCACCUAUUCCUCCUCCACCUCCAGCUAUGACUACCAUGUAUCCUUGGGCUGGGUUUAUGGGAGUUCCACCACCACCUCCAAUUCAAACUUCUCUUCAGACUCCUACGAUUCAAACUACUCUUCAGACUCCUACAAUUCAAACUUCUCUUCAGACCCUUGCUGCUCAACCACCUCCACCACCACCACCAGCAAGCUCUGUGCCUUCAACUGGUACUACAUCCUCAACAACUCAAAAUGUUCAGUUGUCAACUCUAGCUCUUCCAUCUCUUCUGACGGCUCCUCCGCCUCCACCACCAAGUUAAAAAAAAAACAUCGUUGGUUCAAAGCAUGCAUGUUAUAACUUGCCUCAAGACCACUUUCAUAUAUAUUAUAGAAUUUGCUUCUAUAUGGUGAUGUAAACCAGUUUGUCAGCAUUUUCGAAUCAUCUCAGCACAUUUUUUCUUGAAUAAAUUCUUAUUCCUAGAAUG